CCAGCUUGUCCAAAAGAUCGACUAACAUAAACACAUAACUUUCUUGGUUUUUUAAGAGUUUUAAAAACACAUUUAGAUCGUUAAUUGUCUGCUGAAGAAUCGAAUGGGUGUUAGAGAAAUGGAUCCGUUAGCCCAGUUGAGCUUACCACCGGGUUUCAGAUUUUACCCGACAGAUGAAGAGCUUCUUGUUCAGUAUCUCUGUCGGAAAGUUGCAGGCUAUCAUUUCUCUCUCCAAGUCAUCGGAGACAUCGAUCUCUACAAGUUCGAUCCUUGGGAUUUGCCAAGUAAGGCCUUGUUUGGGGAGAAGGAAUGGUAUUUCUUCAGCCCGAGAGACCGUAAAUAUCCAAACGGGUCGAGACCCAACAGAGUAGCCGGGUCGGGUUACUGGAAAGCUACGGGUACCGACAAAAUCAUCACGUCGGACGGCCACCGCGUCGGGAUUAAAAAAGCUCUGGUUUUCUACGCGGGAAAAGCUCCAAAAGGCACCAAAACGAACUGGAUCAUGCACGAGUAUCGCCUCUUCGAGCAUUCUCGUAGCCACGGAAGCUCCAAGUUGGAUGAUUGGGUGUUGUGUCGAAUCUACAAGAAGACGUCGGGGUCUCAGAGACAACAAGCCGUUGCUCCGGUUCAACCUGAACACAGCACGAACGGGUCGUCUUCUUCUUCGUCGUCUCACCACGACGACGUUCUCGACUCGUUCCCGGAGAUGAAGGAUCGGUCUUUCGAUCUUCCUCGGGUGAAUUCGCUCAGGACGCUUCUCAACGGGAAUUUCGACUGGGCUAGCUUAGCGGGUCUUAAUCCCAUCCCGGAGCUAGCUCCGGCGAGCAGCGGUUACGGAGGAGGAGGUUACGACGCGUUUCGAGCGGCGGAGGGAGAGGCGGAGAGCGGGUUGAGAAAUUCGCAGAUGAACUCGAGCGGGUUGACUCAGAGUUUUGGGUACAGCUCGAGCGGGUUGAGUAGUGGCGGGUUCGGACCUUCGGGUCAGACAUAUGAGUUUAGGCAAUGAGAGAGAUCAUUUGGUUUGGUUGGUAACUCUCGUGAUAAUGCUUGAGAGGGUAGAGUGGUAAUUAAUGUAAAUAAAUAGGGAUUUAUAUGGGCCUUCUACCGAUUCGGUUAGGCUUAGGAUUCCAGUAAGGCAAUGGGCUUUUGAUUAGUUUUAAUGGGCGAGAAAUGUUAUAAUAAUUGUUCCACCAAUACCUUGAUGGAUUCGUCGAAUUCUUAAAAAAUAAAAUGGUUGUUUGAGAUUA